AUGGCCUUCGAUUACGGCGUGGCUAUUGGCUUGGAGGCGAGGGGCGUGUGGCGCGAGUGGCUGGGGGAAGCGGAUCACGCGCUGCUUGCGCCGUGGCUGCGCGACCCAGGCACAUGGGCGGAGUUCGCCGCUGGCGCGGGCGCGGAUGUCUCCCCCGCCAUGCUCCGCGUGCAGCUGCGCGCGCGCUCGCUACUGCUGGGCCGCGCCGUGGGGGAGGCGUGCGGAAAGGCGCAGGGGGAGGCUUGGGGGGAGACGGCGGAGGGCGGGUUGGCGCGUAUGGACGAUGACGUGUACGCGUCAGUAGAUGAUGACGUGUACCCGUGCCUUGAUGAUGACGUGGACGAAUGGCAUGCCAUGCUGUCGGCCGCCCAGCCGUCCGCCCACUGCAUGGCUGUGCUGCGCGCCAUCCGCCACCAGGAGGGCCCUCUCAGCGCUGCCAUCAUCCGCAGGGUGGGUUUGGGCGCACCUCACACCGCAUCCCAGGACGCUGACCCGCCCCCCCCCUCUUCCCCCGCCUUCCCCUCUCUCGGGGGAGAGGGGGAAGCAGAGGGGAACGGGGAAGGGGAGUGGGGCGGCGGGGACGGGGGGGCUGGGGAGGGGGAGGCGGGGAGGCGGGAGGAGAGGCGGCGGCGGCGGCGGCAGUGGCGGCUGAUGCAUGCAGUGAAGCGCGCCAAGCACUCCUCCAAGCCCUUCCGCGAGCGGGCGGCACUGGUGCGCACCGCGGCCGGCAUGGCUCGUCUCAUUCAGCAGCAGCAGCGGCAGCAGCAGAGGAAGAAUGAGCGGAGGGAGGGAGGAGUGGAAGGAGAGGAGGGAGAGGGGGACGGUGAAGCGGAGGGUGCAUGGGAGAGGGAGAAGGAGAGGGAGAGAGAAGGCGUGUGCCCGGAUGACUGGGACAUGGAUGCAUUGGCUAAUGCCGUGCCCGACCCUGUGGUAGCCUCUGCCCGCCCGCCCUGGCACCUCCACUGCCCCUGGCGCAUGCAGGGGGGCGGGCGUGGGGGAGCGGGUGGGCGUGGGGGUGGCGGUGGAGGUUGGGGGAGAAAAGCAGGAGUGCAGAAACGGGCGGAUCAGCAGCAACAGGAGGAGCAGCAGCAGCAGCAGGAGGAAGAGCAGGAGGGACAGGGAGAGGAGCGGGCGAGGGCGCGGCUUAAGGCGUGUGUGGCGGGGGUGCUGCAGCAGUUGGGGUGUGAGGGCGCAACGGACAGCGCCCUGUCUGUGCUCACAGACGCCCUCUCCCACCGCCUCUCCCGCAUGGGUCGCUCCCUGAGGGCCUGCCUGGACCGCUGUGACCUGCUGCACCUCGCUGCCACGGGCAUGGGGGGUGUGGGGAGCGUGGAGGGAGGCGUGGGGGGAGUGGGGAGUGUGGGGGACGGGGCUGUGAUGGAAGGGGAGGGGGAUGGCGUGGGUGGGGAGGGGGAGGCGGAGGAGCAGCGGCAGCAGGCGAUGCAGAUGGCAGCAGCGGAGAUGAUGCUGUACGGGGCUGAUCCUCUUAUCGGGUAUGCUCUUACGGGGUAUGCUCUGAACGAUAUGCUCCUAUCUUGUAUGCCGUGCAUGCGGUGUGCUCGUAUCGUGCUCUUCCGCUCCCUCUGUCCACUGUCCAUCUCAUCACUGGCAUCGUUUCUCCGCUGCCCCUCACAGCCCACGCGCCCGCCCCUACCGCCAGCAGCCGUGGCUGCCUUUGCUGCGUCCCUCGGCCUGCCCCACGCCCCCACUGCUGCACCCACGGAUAUGGCUGGGCUGGGUGGCAUGGGGGCCAUGGGAGCCGUGGGAGGCAUGGGGGGGAUGGGAGGGAUGGGAGGCAUGGGCAGUGGUGGGGGCAUGGUUGGUGGAGGAAUGGAUGGGUUGGGGGGGGCAGGUGCGAUGGCUGGACUCGGGGGGAUGAGUGCGGUGGGGGAGAUGGGGGGAAUAGGGGGUUUUGGGGCUGUAGGGGGUAUGGAGGGCAUGGGGGGAAUGGGGGGAAUGAGUGGGAUGGGGGAGAUGGGGGGGAGUGAGUCGGUGGCGGCAGCGCUGGCAGCAGCGGCAGCAGCUGUGGCGGCUGCAGCAGCUGGGGGCCUCACUGGUGGUGCUGGCAUGGGGGCGGGUGGGGGGAUGGGGGCAGGCGGGGGAAUGGGGCCAGGGGGGGGGAUGAACAUGGGCAUGGCGGAAGGCAUGGGGGCACUUGUAGGGGGAGUAGACGGAAUGGGUGGAGCAAUAAGGAGGACAAGUGGGGGAGGGGGGGAAAUGGUAGUCGAUGGGAUAGAUGGGUUAGGAGGGAUGGGAGGAGGGAUGGGAGGAGGAGGGAUGGGAGAAGGAGGGAUGGGAGGAGCAGGAGGGAUGGGAGGAGGAGGGAUGGGAGGAGGAGGGAUGGGAGGAGCAGGAGGGGUGGGAGGAGGAGGGAUGAGAGGAGGAGGAGGAGGAGGAGGAGGAGGAGGAGGAGGAGGAGGAGGAGGAGGAGGAGGAGGAGGAGGAGGGGGGGGAGGGAUGGGAGGGGGGGGAGGAGGGACGGGAGGAGGAGGGAUGGGAGGAGGAGGGAUGGGAGGAGGGGGGAUGGGAGGAGGAGGGAUGGGAGGAGGGGGGAUGGGAGGAGGAGGGAUGGGAGGAGGAGGGAUGGGAGGAGGAGUAGGGAUGGGAGGAGGGGGGAUGGGAGGAGGCGGGAUGGGAGGAGGAGGGAUGGGAGGAGGAGGGAUGGGAGGAGGAGGGAUGGGAGGAGGAGGGAUGGGAGGAGGAGGGAUGCAAGGCCGCAUGGGGCAAGGCAACUCGGGGCAGGGCGGCAUGGGGCAGGGCGGCAUGGGGCAGGGCGGCUCGGGGCAGGGCGGCAUGGGGCAGGGCGGCAUGGGGCAGGGCGGCAUGGGGUUGCAUGUGUCGGGUUCUUUGGCAUCCUCCGACAGUCCCCUUGGUGCCUCCACGUUCCAGCAGCAACAGCUGCUGCUGCACCAACAGCAGCAGUACCUGCAGCAGCAACAGCAACAGCAGCAGCAACAGCAGCAUCAAUCGCAGCAGCAACAGCAGCAGCAACAGCAACAGCAACAGCAACAGCAACAGCAACAGCAACAGCAACAGCAACAGCAGCAUCAAUCGCAGCAGCAACAGCAACAGCAACAGCAACAGCAGCAUCAAUCACAGCAGCAACAGCAACAGCAACAGCAACAGCAACAGCAGCAGCAGCAGCAGCAGCAGCAGAGUUCCCCCAACGUGUCGUCAUCUUCGCUCAGCGGCACUCCUGCUGACACGGCCGGCACUGCCACCGCCAGUGGCGGGGCCUCCCCGCCUCUCCCUCACUCCUCUCUCUACUCCAACGUUCCCUCCUCGCCCUCCUCCCACCCGCACACCAUGCCUCCCCCGCUCACUCCCACGCUCUCUGCCCUCCGCCUCCCCUCCUCAGGCAACCCGCCCUCACUCCCUCACUCGCUCGCCUUCCCCUCCCCCACCGUAUCCCCUGCCUCUGGUCCGCUGGCAGGGCCAGCAGCAGCGGCAGCAGCAGCUAGAGUGCCACCCCUGUCCAUCCCUGCAUCUGGAGUCCCUUCCUGGGGGGCAGUGUGGCAGCAGGGGGGGCAGUAG